AGCCACUGCCGUCGUCUGCUUGUUUACAUGCAGCCGCGCGUUGACAGAUUGGCAUGAGGGUGUUUUUUAUUUUUAUUUAUUUAUUUAUUUACAGCAGAGGAGUCAGUUCAAGGGCAUAAAAAAGGUAACAAAUGUGAGAAAAGCCCUCUAUUAAAAAGAUAAAUAAGCAAGUUCAUGGUGCAGAAGUGUCAAACUACCACUACGCUCACAAAAUCUACCCAUGGAAAUGCCCACAACUCUUACGAAAGCCCUGGCAAAUGCCCACUACUCUCACAAAACUACCCAUGGAAAUGCCCACAACUCUAACCAAAGCCCUGGCAAAUGCCCACUACGCUCACAAAACUACCCAUGGAAAUGCCCACAACUCUAACCAAAGCCCUGGCAAAUGCCCACUACGCUCACAAAACUACCCAUGGAAAUGCCCACAACUCUAACCAAAGCCCUGGCAAAUGCCCACUACGGUCAUAAAACUACCCAUGGAAAUGCCCACAACUCUAACCAAAGCCCUGGCAAAUGCCCACCACGCUCACAAAACUACCCAUGGAAAUGCCCACAACUCUAACCAAAGCCCUGGCAAAUGCCCACAACUCUUAUAUUACGAAAGCCCUGGCAAAUGUGUGCUGGGCGCCGAUGUUUAGGUAUAUAUUAUUAAACACUUGAAAUAGUUAUUCGUUUGCUAUAGACAAUUCUUAACUGCCCGUAAAUAGUGCUCUGUCUACCUUUAAUCAUACACAAUAUUGCCAUUCCAACAGUGAUAUUACUCCUUAUCUUGAUCCAACGUAAGCUUGUGCUAAUUUAAGUUUUAUUACCACGCCCACUAUCUCAUUCCUGUAUAUAUGGUUCAAAUCUUGCCCCUACAAAACAUACCCAACAUGGUCAUAUUAUCUUAAUUCACAAUAUUGCCCAUUCCUAACCAUGACAAAUCUCCCCUUCGAUCUCUAAUCACACUCUUGCCCUUCCAUAGAACUUUCGUUAUAUUGCACCUCCUAUAUAAGCAUGCGAAAUCGUUCUUCUCUAAGCAAACAAUUAACCUUGCCUUCAAUAAGCCCGUGUUCUUGCCCAUUCCUAACCAUGGCAAAUCUCACUUUUAUCACACUCUUGCCCUUACACAGCACUUUAUCUUGCACCUCCUAACCAUGGCAAAUCCUUCUUCUCUUAAGCACACAACCUUGCCUUCAGUAAGCCCAUGUUCUUCCCCCUUCCUAACCAUGACAAAUCUCCCUUUUCUAAUCACACUCUUGCCCUUCCACAGCACUUUCGUUAUCUUGCUCAUCUUAAGCAUGGCAGAUCUUGCCUUCAAUAAGCAAGUGGCCUUAUCGUACUUCAUAAUCUUGCCCAUUCCUAACCAUGACAAAACUCCCUUCUCUAAUCACACUCUUGCCCUUGAUUAAACAGCACUUUCUUUAUCUUGCACCUCCUAACCAUGGCAAUCGUCAUUCUCUACACACACAAUCUUGCCUUCAAUAAGCAAGUGGCCUUAUCGUACUUCAUAAUCUUGCCCAUUCCUAACCAUGACAAAACUCCCUUCUCUAAUCACACUCUUGCCCUUAAUUAAGCAGCACUUUCUUUAUCUUGCACCUCCUAACCAUGGCAAUCGUCAUUCUCUAAACACACAAUCUUGCCUUCAAUAAGCAAGUGGCCUUAUCGUACUUCAUAAUCUUGCCCAUUCCUAACCAUGACAAAACUCCCUUCUCUAAUCACACUCUUGCCCUUAAUUAAACAGCACUUUCUUUAUCUUGCACCUCCUAACCAUGGCAAUCGUCAUUCUCUAAACACGCAAUCUUGCCUUCAAUAAGCAAGUGGCCUUAUCGUACUUCAUAAUCUUGCACAUUCCUAACCAUGACAAAACUCCCUUCUCUAAUCACUCUUACCCUUAAUUAAACAGCACUUUCUUUAUCUUGCACCUCCUAACCAUGGCAAUCGUCAUUCUCUAAACACACAAUCUUGCCUUCAAUAGGCAAGUGGCCUUAUCGUACUUCAUAAUCUUGCCCAUUCCUAACCAUGACAGAUCUCCCUUCUCUAAUCACACUCUUGCCCUUCAACAGCACUUUCGUUAUCUUGCUCAUCUUAAGCAUGGCAGAUCGUCAUUCUCUAAACACACAAUCUUGCCUUCAAUAAGCAAGUGGCCUUAUACUUCAUAAUCUUGCCCAUUCCUUACCAUGACAAAACUCCUGUUACCAAUGUGCCAUAUGUGAAUGAUUGUAUGUGUAAUGUAAUGAAAUUGUAGCAUGAUGCAAUGUUAGCUCAGCAUGGUGCAACUCUACUUGUUGGGACAAGAGAGACAGAGGGGAGCCCGGGGCAACCGGCCGCCGGGCAGGAGGUGCUGAGUCGGCAUUGGGGGAGUUUGAGCGAGAGGCGCCGAGGGGUGGGGGAGAAGACGCGUGUCUGGGCUUGGAGUGUUCAGCUGUGUGCUCCGCUCGCGAGCUGUGUGCAUCUGGUGUGCGUGUCUGCCGGUCUGCCGUGCCCCUGUACUGUGCCUGAUUAACUGUUCUGUGCCCUUGAAAGUUGCUGUACUGUGUGAGGAACCUGUCAUUAAACUAGAAAUUAGUGUUGAACGUGUAUCCUUUGUGCCCUGCCCCUCGGUGUUCUUUGUCGGCCGCUGUGAGUGACUGGUGCCCGUGUGGUUGUUCUAGGGGAUCACGCCGCCUGCCUGCCCGUGGAUGUUUCUUGUCCUAAAGAGCUCCUUCGCCUCUGGUACAGCUGCGACAACAACAACAACAACUACUACUACUACUACUACUACUACUACUCUCACUUUUACCUCUACUACUUCAUAAACCGUUUCGAAUCUCCUCCUCCUCCUCCUCCUUCUCCUCCUCUUACUCCUCCUUCUGAAGUAUGGUGUAAAGUGACUCUUCUCAUGAUGGGCUUCGUCAGACUCAUGCCAGCGCAGGUGAGGCGGGCCAGCGUACGCACCUGUCUCAAUGCCCAACACGCCGCCCUCUCCGCUGCUCUCUUCACAAUCUGCUCGUCCGUGGUGGUGGUGCUUGUGUACAUCUGGCGUCUGGUGUUGAACGCGAGGCACCCGGAGCACCUCAGUGACGUGUAUUAUGGUGUGCAAAUCUCGUACCUGUCAACGCUGGGCACUCACGUCACCCUCAUCGCCCUCACCUCAGUCCUCUUCAUCGGCAUUCAGCAGGAGCGGUGUGGCCUCAUCACGCCCUGGGUAGUGGCUAACAUCGCUUUUAUGGCCCUCGAGGCGGUCUGCUGCAUGUACUCCAACGUGCUGAGGGACCAUGUCAAUAAGAAGUUCGACGCUGUGUGCCGCGCCGAGGUUUCUUUCUUCCUCUUCAGAGUGGCUAUCAACGUCAUGGGUCUAUGGGCCGUCAUGCGCUUCGUCAGGAACCUCAGGGCUGGCAUCACCUACAAGGACCCCGAGGCCAUCCACCUCUGAGGGGUCAUGGUUCAACAGAGGUCAAGACGAGGUCACACGAGUCAAGAGGAGACUACUGAGCUCUAGCGGGUCGAGGAUCAAGUGCAUGGGUCAAUAAAUCAAAGUCGAAAAUGAUGAGGCCAGGUCAUGUAAUUCAGAGGUCAUAGGAGUCAGGUCAAGCGAAGUUAAGAGAAUGAUCAAAAGAGAUCAAACGAGUAUUAAAGGUCAAUAGGUCAAAGUUACGGGGAGGUAAAGGUCAUAAGUCAAAGAAGAGGUCACAGGUCAAGAGAAGGUUCAAAGGUCAAAGGUGAAAGGUCAAGAACGAUGUAAAGGUCACGUUACAACUGCAGGGUCAUUAUCCUUUUUUUUUUUACACUAAUCCCUCUUUUAUCGCGUUGUUUCCCUCUUUUCCUCUCAGGCCGGCUUACAAACAUUCUUUUAAAAACUUUCUUUGUACCUGACUUCCUCCUUUUAUUUCACUUUAUCACUCUUGUCAUUGUAAACUCACGAACAUAUGGAACAGUGAACCAGCUAACAACUUAUCUUCUUAUUUGGCUUCCUCCUUUUCUUUCCCUUUAUCAUCUAUGCCAAUGUAAACUCACGAACAUAUGGAACAGUUAACCAGCUAACAACUUCUCUUUCAUAUCUGGCUUCCUUCCUUCCUUUCCCUUCCUCAACUAGGCUAUCUAAACCAACACCCAUGAACCUCCCCUUAUAAUGUCUGACCUCCUUUUCUUUCCCUUCCUCAACUACGCUAUCUAAAUUAACGAGCACUACGAAACGGCCAACAACUUGUAAUAAUGUCUGGGUUAUAUCCCUUUCUUUCCCUACCUCAACUUACAUAUCAUAGGCUAUCUAAGCUAACAAAUACUUAGGAACCAGCUAACACCUUCCCUUAAUGUCUGGCUUCUUCCAUUUUUUUCCCCUUCCUCAACUAGGCUGUCUAAACUAACAAACCAGCUAACAUCUUCCUUUCGAUUUUCGGUUCCUCCAUUUCUUCCCCUUCCUCAACUAUAGGCUAUCUAAACUAACAAACACUACGAACUAUGUAUUUUAUAGUGCACACACAUUAGACAAUCACUUGCAGCCGACACUAACCUUUAUAGACAGCAUGUGGCCAAACCAGACGAGGAAUCUUGCCGGGGAAGUAAUUUAACACCUGGUUGCCUUUCCAUUGUUUGCAAGUGCUUCCGCUGACUCGCAAUGGCCUCUGCAAUUAAGGGAGAAAAUAUUAUUACAGUCCUGUUCCUUGGCAGAUCAAUAUCAAAUGGUUCUUAUACUCAGGGGGAGGAGAACGUGUCUCACAAACCUUCAUAUAUCAUUAAUGUUUAGAUACAAAAUAAGAGUUGUGCAAUAAAAUUAGUAGUUAUAUAAACCAAGUGAAUGUGACUGUGGUCGUGUAUGGCAAAAAAAAGUUGUUGAUGUCUGUAUUGUAGCUAUUAACAUGGUGGCAUUUACGACAUAAUAAACUUAAUAGUAU